AUGUCUUCCCGCGGUGGUUGCUUCUGCGGUAGAAAGUCGCUAGCAGUGCAUAGCAGCAAAUCGUCUUCAUGCAGCAAACCCAUUUCAACGCUGAAGAAGGAAUCUUCAAACAAACCCAGUUCAGUGAAUUAUCGCGGUGGUGGUUCCUGCUACAGUAAGCCGUCGGCGCCACAGAACAAAAUCACGUCUCGCAGCAAACCUGCCAAUAAAACCAACAAUGUACUAUUAUCCAAGCCCGGUUCAGUCGCCGUGCCAAGUCGCCGCAGUGGUUCCAGCAACGCCAAACCACCUACAGCACAGAGUAAAGCAUCUUCGUGUAGAAAACCCAAUGGGAAAACGAAGAGCAGUUCUGCCACUACGGGUUGUUGCGGCAGUGAAUUAUGCAACACGAAGCCAUUUGCACCUCUGAGCAAAACCCCUUCAUACAGCUCAUCUAUCGAGAAAACUGAGGAACCUUCAACAAAACCCAGUUCGAUUGCCUCUGAGUCCAAUCCUACGAAAUCUUGCAACGAAAGUCAAAAUAUUACUAAGUCACCGCCGAGCAUGAAGCCGAAAAAUUUGACCAAAUCAAGUGUUGUCGUUAAGAUUACUGUUCGAACACCACAAACCACAAUUGAGCAAGAAACUACUUUCGAUAUUGACAGUUAA